CAGCUCUGAAACAUGUAGGGAGACACACUGAAGCAUGCUCUGAAACACCGAGAGUCUGCAGCAGCAUCAUACGAGCCGAGCGAGGACCGUCUCAGUCUGUAACCUGGUAACAGACUGAACACACAAGUAGGAGGUGUUAAAAUCCUACACUCUGUGUGUGUGUGUGUGUGUGUGUGUGUGUGUGUGUGUGUGUGUGUGUGUGUGUGUGUGUGUGUGCCUGCCAUAUGAACCGCUACAGAGCCUACUGAUGUGGCUUGACUUGUCAACAUUCUUCUUGCUGAAAUAAAUCGGUAACGAUUUACAAUAACCAUAACUUAUAAAUGGAAAAUAAAUCAUUUAUAAAUAUAAAUGAUUAAUGUUUAAUCAUCAUUUAUAAAUAUCAUAUAGACCAUUGAUAAAUUGUAAAUUUUACCAUUUUAAAAACCUAACCCUAACUUUACAUUAACCAUCUAGGUAAUGUUCAUAGAUGAUUAAAAAGCAAAUAUUAACCAUUUACAAGGUGCUACUGACACACAUUUUAAUGUAGAUGUUUUACAACCAAUUUUUAAACCCUAUAUAAACCUUAAAUAAAUAGUCCUUUAAUAAUUGAUGAAAAUUAUUAAUCAUAAUUUCAUUGCUUGUUAAUGCAAAAGUAACAAUGAAUGUACAUUAAUAAACCAUCCAUUUACCAUUUAUAAUUGGUCUAUAUGCUGUUUUUAAAUGAUGAUUAAACAUUGAUAAACUAUCCAUUUACCAUUUAUAAAUUAUGGUUAUUGUAAAGUGUUACCAAUAAAUCAAAUAUAGCCUAUCAAAUCAUUAGAAAAGCUGUUUUUACUUAUCUGUGGUAAUCACUGAGUUCAAUGGGGGAAAAUGGGCUAUUUUGUCAGAUAUGUAUACAAAUGUUUCCAUCUAAUUGGUAUUUGAGCUAUUGAAACUGUCAUACAAAGACACAUUAUAAUGAAUCAAAAAGUAUUGAGGCAAUUUACAUAGAUAGCCCAAUGUUAUUUUUUUUUAUUACGAUUUGGCUAAAUGUUUAGAUGUUGGCAAUUUUUAGUCAAAUAGGGGUUGAUUUGUAAUAAUAAGCCUCAAUAAGCCAGCUAUCACUUUACUUCAUGACUCCACCAUUCCAUCUACUCCUCUAUUAACUCUUUGUUAUUCCAGCGGUAGUUUUUAUGCUAAUCAUCCCUUCUUCCAUCCAUCUACUCUUUUUCAUUCAAAUCAAUGUCACAACAACGUCCAUCCAUCCACCCACCGAUCCAUCAAUCUGUCCGUCCAUCUGUCCAUCCACCUAACCAUCCAUCCUUUCACCUUACCAUCCAUCCAUCCAUCCAUCCAUCCAUCCAUCCAUUUAUUCAUCUUUCUACCUAACUAUCCAUCCUUCCACCUAACUAUCCAUCCUUUCACCUUACCAUCCAUCCAUCCAUCCUUUAAAUCUAUUAAUCUAUUCUUUGUUUUCGUGUGUCCAUCUUUUCUCCUUUUUAACAUCCACCCUUUUUUCCCCAUCUGCCUCCAAAAAUAAUAUAAAGACACAAAAGAAAAGCAGAGAUAGUGGCCGAGCAUUUAUAAGAAAACUAGAACGUGGUGUUCAGCCUUCAGCUGCAGGGAAUGAGUUCAUUUUUUCAAAGCUGUACUAGAGCUCAGAGCUAUCACACUCACAGUGAGGCUUAUAUCACGGUUCAUCAUUUCAAUCAAUCAGUGUUGGUGAAUGAAUAUGAAUGAAUAUGACUACCAUGUCGAUCCGGUCUUACAGACUUACAGGGACAAUGUCUGGGCUUCAUUCAGCCUCACAUACAGCUUCAUGUUUAUCCACAAGCAUAGAUUUAAAAGGAGGAAUUUUUCAGUUCUUGAUAUGGAGUCACAAAAGAGAAUCUUAAAUCAAUGCAGAGUUUACUUAAAGAAACUUUAGAGCCUAAAAAGUGCCACACAGGAAGAAAAAAAGGAUAGACCCAAUUAAUUUUCAUUUCUGUCUCAGCAGAAUAAUCUGUCUGAGCUUUUUUUAAUUGGGGGGAUGUCAUAUUUUUGUAGUCGGCUUAGAGUUGCCUCAUUAAUGCUUCAUAUCUGCCUCUGCAAUGCACAGAAAAGUGAUAUCUUUAUCUUAUUGUAGUGUCUGCUGCGUUGAGCAGCUAUCAUCUGACGAUAAAUCAUCUUGGGAGACCAGUCAAACUUUUAAAAGUUUUCAUCGUAAACUACAAAAAGUUCCAACUGUAACAAUUUCAUGUCCCCAUUCAUUGUAUCCUGUCGCCCCCCUAUCAUUCAUUGUAUUAAUGUUUAGCACUAAAAAAAGCAAUAAAAAGCAAUAAAGAUCUCAUGGGUCCAUGCAGUCAUGACAUCAGGACUCUAUGUUCAAAACGGGUUUAGCACUUUUGAUAAAUAAGAGGAGAUGUUUUUAUUAUAGGUUUUGAACCUUUGUGUGUUGGAGUGUGUGCUUUCUAGUAUUUUACAGCCUAUAGAUUUUCCCCCUGCUGUUAUCACUGACCAGUUGAUUGCAGCCUUGGGGCUCAUAAAGCAGAUGCUUCUUUUUCGUUUUCCUCUUAACCUGUAUUGAUCCACCUGAAAGAGCUGCGAUUAAUCAAUACAUUGUUGUGUUGUACAAACUCUGACUCUUGGUCACGUCUGCAGUUCAUCACACAGCAACUGUUCUUGGAUAGAAACUAUUCUCUCCUCCAAGGCUGCUAACGAUGGGUUCACAGCAGGCUCAAUCAACCAUCUGUUGUAGUGUUUGGUGCAACCACAUCAGUUCUUAUUGUAGUAGGAAUCCACGGUAGAAAAACACAAUGGAGGAGUGAGGUUUUUAUUGUUGGUAUGGGCAGUAAACAAUUUAUUUUCUAACCAGAAAGAUAACAUGACCAAUUCUUGGUUGUAUAAUGAGUGUUGCACUAGGAGAAAAUGUAUUGCACCAGUAAAUAGAUUGUAUUGCAAUAAACUGAAUGUGCAGUAAAUUGGAUGCAGUGGUGAACGCAGGUGUGUUGUACCCCCCUGGUGUCAUUAUGUCUGGAAAAAAUGUCCUCUUGAAUAUCCUUGUAAAUAAAAAUAAUAAUCAAAUACCCAAUCUGGUGCCCUGUCCACAGAAAGUGUGUAAAAAUGCCUCUAAUCGCUGCUCUUUGAGUAGAUGAAAAGUGCCCAAUUAGCACUCACCCAGUAUAUAAAAUGUCAUGGAUGGAUGCCUUUUCAGUGUAUAAUGAAUAAAAAGGUGUCCUCUGAAUGACCCACCAAUGCAUAAAUUGUGAAACACAGUUCUCAGUGGAUCCCCUUCCAAUAGGUAAAUGGUAAAAUAAUAUCCACCUAGAUACCUUUCCAGAACAUAAGGUUACAAAGAGCCAUGUGGAAAGUCUUUUAGGAUACAACAUGUUAAAAGUGCCCUUUGACUAUCCUUCCAGAGGAUUAAAUAUACAAAAAAAUGGAUGAAUAAAUAAAAAAUUCACAGAGAGGGAUUUUGACUAUAUGAAAUAGUCAGAAAAGGGCCUUGUGGAUGUCCUACCAACACAUAAAUUGUAGAACAGUUCCAACUGGAUACCCUUCCACUGGAUGAACUGUAAAAUAAGGUCCAUCUGGAUAGCUUUUCAGUGUAUAACAGGUUUUAAAAGUGCUUUAUGAAUUUCUUUCCAAUGCAAGAAAAGUUAAAAAACAGUUCCCUCUGGAUUCCCUCUUAGUAUGUAUAAUGUAAUAAAAAGACCUCCUGCAUAUUGGUUUUUAAAAAGUGCCCUGGAUUGCCUAACAGUGGAUCAAAUGUAGAAAAAAGUGCCCGCUGUGUGCCCUUUGAGAUAUACUGUCUUUUUUUCAAGAUACCUUCUAGAUGCCCUUCCAGUGCAAAGUAGAUAAACAAAUAAAAAUAACAUAAACAAACAAAAGUUCCCUCAUAGCUAAAUGUAAAAAUAAGAAACCCUCUGGAUGCUCUUCCAGAAUAUGAAAAAAUGUUCCAUCUGAAUGCCCUUUAAGAUUUCAGUGUAAGAGAUCCGAAAAGUACUGUUUGGUGACUUUACCUUAUUGAACCGUGUUGACGGUUUGUGAGCAAAGUUUAUCACCCCAGAAAGUCUCUGUUGAAGUGUGAACUCUGUCAAAGACAUUACAGAUCCAAUCUUAAUUGAAUUUAAGCCUCAUGCAGAAAAAAAACCUGCUUUUUUUGUUAAUAUUGUUUUUGGAAAUUUCUAUUUUCCACCAAAAUGCACAAAAUCAAGAGUUACAAACACAAACAUUUUAUUAUGUCUGGGUGAAUCACACACUGUGGGUAUAAGGGAUUUGAAAAACUCUCCAAUUCUGAAACCCUCAGGCAAUCUAAUGUCCUGGAUUGCCAAAGUAAAUAUUUUACCAGCCAACCAUUUCUGAGAUGCAAAGGAGGGACAGAAAAGUAAAGGGCUAAAAAGUGGUCUUUAAAAUGCUCUAUCGGCAGGUCUUCAUCAAGCUCAACUUUCUGUGCCCCCUACACACACAGAAUCUGUGAGGUGCUGAUGUGAAAGGGACUGGAAAAUCUCUACAGACAUAGAACUUUCUAUAGAUACAAAAGGAAAAGAACAACUUCAAGUAUGUGUGUAAGAUUAUCACUAUAAUUAGAUGUCUAUUGGAGCCUGGCCUGCUCUUGUGUAAACCCGGACUCAGCUGUGUGAGAACCCGUAGGAAACAUGGAAAUCAAUAAAGGAAGGAAGAUGAUUCUCCUAUGAAAGAAUCUGCUCAAGAGCCUCUCUUGCCAUGUAAUCUAAAUCAAGUCCCUUUCACCUUCACAUCCCUCUACUGUUUGGUUUGAAGACACCUUUAGUCGCCGUGGUAACAGAUACACCUCAAGGAGUGUCCCUGCAGAAAUGCAUUAAGGGAGCUAAUUGAGUUUUAUUAGUUGACAGCAGUACAGACUCCAGGUGAUUUCAUAAAGCAGAAAAUUCAUGGUGUGUUUUUCGUCAUGUAUGGGAGCAAAGUGGGUUACACAACCCAGUGUGAGAGAAGAGAUUUAGAAGCUGCUUUCAGACAAAAACAACAACAAGAAACCACCACAUCUUUUGUCCUGAGUAGUAGCUGCUUUGACAAAUACGUCAUUACUUCAGUGUUUUUCAAGUGCUCAUUUUUUCUUUUUUGAAGGACAGCUACAGUUUCCUUUUUUUCUACUUAUAACCUGUGCAACCUCUUUACAAGAUGAAGUACAGGAAGCCUGAAGUAUCCAAAGAGCCAGGAGUGCUUGUACUUGUCCUCAAAGGCCAGAGUCUAUUUCCAUCAUCGAAUAAGAAACACAAGCCAACUUUAAAAAUGGACUGUGUUGAAGAAGCCUUUUUCUCUAGUCCUCUGGCCAUUUAAAGCACUUCACAUCACAUGUCACAUUCACCUAUUCACGCCACAUUCACACACUGAUGGCAGAGGCUGCGGGGGCGGGUGGGCUAGAGUGUCUUGCCUGAGGACACUUCAGCAUGUGGACGGCCCUGAGAUCGAACUCCCGAUCUUCUGAUUGGGAGAUGACAGACUCUGAGCCACAGCCAACCCAGCUAACAUCCAUAAGUCUCUUUCUUUUUAAUUACAUAUCCAUUUCAGAGUGCUCCCAAAAGCCUGUCAUCAUGUUUACUUUUUGUUUUUCUCAGUGAAGCAUGAAAGAACUCUGUAAUUAUUUAGUCUGGAGCUGAUAGAAAAGUACAUCAGCGUCACUAUUACACUAUAUGUAUGUGAUGGUUUGUGUGUGUGUGUGUGUGUGUCUGUGGUGGGAGGGGUUGAGCAAGUCAGCAACUCAGGGACAGACUCCUGCUGUGUCACAAAGGUCAGAAUCAGUCCACAUUCACCCUGCUGCCUUCAUCGCCACAAAUAACACCUGUGGAAAACAAAGUGAUUUCUGUAAAAGAAAAAGUCCACUAUGUUUCUGUUUGAUGUUGACGAUAUUUAAAGGAACAGAUUCAUUUUACAGAAGGAGAGGAAAAGCAGUGGAAUCUUCUGAACAUUUCAGGGCAAAAUAAAGCAAAAUAAAGAGAUGCUGUUCUAUACUAAUACAAUCUUUUCUAUAGGGACUUAGAAUAAACAUAAAACUAAAGGAGCACUUAACAGACAGAAAACAUACAGUGUAAGUCUUCUAUAAGAAUUGUUAUGUCCCGACCCAGAGGAAACCUGGACCUAACACACUGUGUGACCCUCCCCCCACUAUUCCUGCCGCCAAGAAAAAAACAGCAAUACAGCUCAAUUUGGGAUAAAAACUGCAGAUUUGAUGAUCUUCAGAGGUGAGCAAGUGCCCAAAACAACAAAUAAAAGUUAUUUUGAUAAACCCUGAACUUACCUAUUUUCCAUCUUUUUAGAAAAUAUUUUGUUUUUAAUCACUGUAAAGCACUUUGAAAUGCAUUCGAUAAAAAGUACUUGAUUGAACGUGAUUGAAGUUGCUAAUAAGCACCAAUAAAAGUACAGCUGUUAACCCCAAUUUCCACCGCAUCCGGAACAGCUACGAAAAGGCCAUAUCCGCCGAUCGUAGCUGAUCGUAACCAUUCAACUUAAUGUGUCAAUUUCCACCGGCUUCCUUUCGUUCAGCUGCGGAUCGCCGGACUCCACAGCUGAUUGCAAGAGUUCUAUUUUUUUCCGGACGCUGGAGCAUGCCGGAUAAAGUCAGCUCAGAUUAACCCGUGCUAGAAAGGAAGUCGGGGAACAGACACAAAAUAAAACAUCCAGCUUCUUUUCAAAUUUUCCAGCUUCUUUCCGCCUGAAACACUGCGAAUAGUAUUCCACACCAUGCAAACGGGCAGGGAUGAACAAGUGAAAGGUUUAUAGACAGCAUUUCAUCCCCAUGACCAAUAAGUCUAGAAGUGGAUUUCCUCCUCUGGAAGGACACAAUCUACUGCUUAUAUGGUAGCCUUUGUGGCUAAAGACAACUUGUUAUCAUGCAAUCGAGUCUGCUGGUUGUUGUCAGUUCUCGCGAUUCCUGCUGUCUGUAAUCUGCCACGAAAUUCGCCUCACAAACGGCUCCGAUCCGUAACGGCGAAAAUUGCUGUCGUUCCGGAUUAGAGCCGUUCUGGAUGGGGUGGAAAUCCUGGGUUAUUCAGCUGAAGCAGGGGCCAGCCAGCUAGGAUUUCAGACUCAGGGUACCUAAAGUUGCUCUGAUUUUUCCCUGAUAUUUUCCUGAGUUGGCAUUUUCACUCACAAAGAUGCUUCGUGUGACGUAUCCAAAAGGCAUCUAGUGUUUCCAAAUUUCUAGAUCAAAUGGAACGAGCUGUUUUGACUGUAUGAGAGUCUCUUUACAUUAUUUUGUGGACACAUUAACUUUGGUAAAAGAUUAAAAAACUUGUAUAACUUCUGCAUUCUUGUGGGUUGCGGUCUGAUGGAAAAUUCUGGAGUUUAAAGGUUGGCCUGCUGAGGGUCUGACAGUGGCAACAUUCAUGCUGGCAGGCCGUCUCCUCUCAGUGAGCAAAAAUCAAUGACCUCUCCAGAGAACAAAUGUCUGACAUUUAAUACAUUCAUUAAUUUAGGUUUCAGUUCGAGGGCAGAGUCAAAAGACCAGCCCGGGGAAGAGCUGAAAAGAUUUCUCAGCUCUGGAGGAAAGUCUUAAAAUAAUCUCAGAAACUAAACCAACAGUGUGAGUAUGUGGUGAGUCUUAUGCUCAUGUGGUCUUGUUGGAUUCACGUUGGCUCAGCUUCGCAUCAGAGAGGUUGUUAUUUUCACACUUUAGAUUUUAUAUUGAUUUGACCACCAAAGUAAAUGUGUAGACCUUUAGAUCUGAAAGUAAGAAGGUUACAGAACUUCAGGGAGCUGCAGACACUCGCUGUUUGCACUUUUUGAACUAAGCUAAGCGAAGCUAAGAAGCACAUGAAGCUUGUGUUUGUGGUAUAUAAUUGAUUUCUGUAACAUAUAUCUAUGUGUGUAUAUUUGCACUGUUUUGAUGGCGUGUUAACAUCAGCACACACUCAUUAAGUCAUGCAGAGCGUUGAAGAGAAACUAAUUAAAUACUGGAGCUUAAUGUUUUUUCAGUGAAGGCAGAAAAAAAAAACAAACCGAAGAAGAGCACGUUCCUUUUUACUUUUAGAGUUUUUAAUUAAAGUCAAUUGUGGCUGUCAGCUCUUCAUUAAGUCUGUUAAUAGAUUUCUCUCUUGAUACAGACGAGAGGAGAGGAUAGAAAAAAACAUCUACAGCUUCAGUCUCCCCCUCAAGUAUUAGAAAGCCUCAUAUGUUUGUCCUGUGCUUCAUUUGUGCGCUAACAUAACGUAAUGUUUCAGGCUAUUAAAAUGUGCAACUGAGAGCAACGAAAGGUUUUUUUGUCAUAAAAAGCAGGAUAAUAAAACUACAAAUCCCUUAAUGCCAAGUAUCUCAACUUGGUAUCUCAUGUAUCUUUUAAAGGGAUUAAAGUUUGUUUUUUAAAGAAAGAUUUCCUUAGAUCAAUGACGACAGGUGGCUGUCAACUGAUAAAAGGAUCACUAAGAGGCGGCAGUGGCUCAGGAGGUAGUGCGGUUGUCCAACAACCGGUGGUUAUUGGUUCGAUACCCCCCCCCCCCCCCCAAUCCUGAGUUUGUUCAAUGUGUCUUUGGGCAAGAUACUUAACCCACCUUGUUCUUAGGGUGUGUCCUCCACUGGUGUAUGAAUGUGAGUGUUGUGUGGCAGUGGUCAGAGAGGCAGUGGGUGCAAAAUGGCAGCCACGUUUCCGUCAGUCUGCCCCAGAGCAGCUGUGACUACUAAGGUAGUUUAACUACCACCAAGGUGUGACUGUGAGCGAAUGAAUGAUGUAUCCAAUGUAAAAUGUUUUGAGGGUCUCUGAUAAAGCGCUAUAUGAAAUCUGAUGCAUUAUUUAAGAGGUGCUUCAUCGAUGGGCACAGGGAGUCCUAACGAGAUCAAGAUCUUUGCAACAUUGUAAAGACACCACAUGGACAAGACAAGAUCUAUACAGAGUAGAUUCUAUCUAUCCUGUUUAUAUCUAUACAUGCAUAUAUAAAGUGUAAAUCUAGUGAAGUCAUCUUUGGUUUCUUUUAUUGGCUCUGACUGAAAAAUCUGCUGCUCACAUUAGAUAAAUUUCCCUCUUUCAUUGUCCUCCCUUCUCUGCUUCUUAGCUUCAGUUAAUCUUUAACAAACCUGCACAUUUCUCGAACACUUACACAAUCAAAAUCUGAAAAAUAAACACAGAUUGUGCCUGUUUUUUCUGCAGAUUUAUAUCAUGAAAACAUAAGUGUAUGUUCUUUAUACCACAUGUCAUGGCAGUUUUCAGUCCCCUGUGUUUAAGCCCUCGUGGCUUUAUAAAACAGUGCAUGCAUAUGUGAUUUAACACAACCGCAGUCUGACUUAAAUAAACCAACAUGUUUUUCUGCACACUGUUUAACGUUUUUGCUCGUUUGCCUUUGUCAUUCUCCAUAAAUGAGUCACAGUAAAUUUCUUUGUGUGUCUUGCAGCGUUUCUGUCAGCAGUUAGAAGAUCUGUGACCUUUGCCUUCUUUGUUCAGUGCAAUUCAAAACCAGACCUGGCUUCAAUUAGCUCUAACCUAACAACAGGCAACAAGGUAUGAAUGUGCGCCUCUCAUUCACACACUCACACAGCAGCAUGGAUGGGGACUGAACUAUUUGUGUGAUUGAAUAAGGCUGCCAUUUCUUCCUCUCAUUCUCCUGCUGUUUUUUUUUUUUGAGGAUUUGAUUAGCUACGAAUUAUCUGACCUCUGACCUCUAAGGGAGCAGACCAAGAACAAGUCCAGCUUGUAUGGUGACACAAUAAAAAUAAAUAACUAACCUUAACUAAAUAACUAAAUGGACAAUAACAAAGGUAGAUGGUAAAUGACACUUAAAUAAUACAUCUAUCACAUUUCAAAAAAAAGAUCCAGCAUAUGACUGUUAGAAAAUGAUCCACCGUUGGUCUUAAAACGUGUAAAAACACAUGCCAAAUGUUAGUAAUGUUGUCAAAAUAUCUGAAAUCUAGGGGUUGCCCCAACAUUCCCAACAAGCAGCCACUUCUGUUUUCUUAAAAUGGAGCCAACUCUGAGGGUCCAAAAACUGCAGUUCUUUAAGUGUCCACUAGAGACUGUGUCCAAAACAUUAGUCAGCCCUCAUUGAGCUUUAUGUCAAAAUGUUCGACUCUACAGUUGAAGUGAACAAGUUGACUUGGGCCUUUGGAGAUUAUUUCCAAAAAGUCAUUUAAACCCUAUAUUUAACUAAAAGCAGUACACACACACACACUAUGUCAAAUAUUGAAACAUUAGGAAGUGUUAUUUAAAAAAAAGUAUGCUCAGUUUAAAUCAAGUAAAAUAGUAAAUGAUCCCCUGGAUAGAAAAAUCUUUUAGUUUUGGUCAUUCAAAGCUCCUGUGAAGAGCUUUUGGUCUGAGCCAACUCUAGCGCCACCUAUGGACGAAGCAGCCUUAUCCCCUACAUUUGCAUGUAGUGUCUUUUGAAAAUUAAUCUCAUCCUGCAGACUUUGACAGGCAAAUCCAUCAUCGUUUAUUGUAAACAUUUUAUCUGGGACUUUUUCAUUUUACCUCUAAACUAAAAAGAAGAAACCAUCCAAGCCUUCUCACCGAAGGUAGGAGCACAAAAAUUCAGAAAAGUAUCCAAAUCAAAGUAAUUCAACCUCAGAGAGUCAUUGUAACCUGCAGCUAGUAUGCUUUUAUCUGUACAUAUUGAUUUCAGUGAUCUUGAUAAUCGCACAUGAUCUUGUGGAGUUCUCUUGAUUUUGUAAUCUAGAAAGUUCAGCAACUCCAAGCUGCUUUGUGGACAGGGCAAAAAUGGACAAAACCGUAAAGUCCCAGUUCAUGUGCUUGCUGUUGAAUCAAGGGUGAUGAACCUUCUUUGUGCGUUUGAUGUUGUUCCUAAAAAUCAAACUGAUAAAAUUCUGAUCUGAGCAUCAAAAGCAGCCAAAUUAGGAUCCCAUCUUCAAGCUUGUCCACAUGUGGCUUAGAUUUAAUUUGUCAUUUUUUUAAGUUUGACGUUGCAGCUUUCUGAAAUAAAUCUGGACAGAGUUUGCAUUUACAACUGGUCUUGACUGGUAGUUUAAAUGAGGUCAAGUCAUUGCCAUCAUCAAGUUAUGAUUCAUACUUUUUUUCUGAGAAGUGUUCUGCCUUCUGCAAAGUUGUCCUUCCAUACAAUAGUUCCAAAUCUUUUGUUGAUUUUCAAUAUUCCCAAUGAUCUUGACAUACUUUACUGCCUUCAAAUCUAUUGAAACUGCACAAAAAAACACACAUUCAGAACUAAAUCAGUGUUUUUUAACCUCGUAUGAAAAUAGUUGAAUGGUGAAUGUGGUUCAAUAAAAGUUGGAAUGUUUCUGUCUGUUGAAGAGCGCUGAAACCUUCAGUCAAUGAAUCUCAACAACAUCAGGGUCUAGUGCUUGUCAGAGUUUGAGGAAAUGUUGAAUAAAGAGUAUACAGGUUUUGUUCUGCUUUUGUCAUUCAACCUUCACGACCAAAUCUAAUCAAUGCAAAGAAAAAGAAAGACAAAGACAAGAAUGCAAACUGCACAUGAAUUAUGCCAGCUGUGAGCGGGCAAGGCCACUCAAACAUGACCUGCUGACGUCAGUAAUGUUUUCGAGUUUUAAGAUCUUUGUUCGGUGGGCGACUGGUAGUGACUCAUUUUUGGCAAAAAUUUGAUAAAUUGGACUAUUUUAGCUAAACUAACAGCCUGAGUGCAUGCACUGAAAUAUAGAGCAGCUUGUUCAGACAGAAAUCAGCAUUUAUUAUGAUUUAAUGUGAUGACAUGUAGCUAUACUUUCCAGGGUAAACAUGACACUGUUAGUGAGUAGACUGUGAAUCUUAACCCUAAGUGUCACUAUAAUCUUCCAGAGAGCCGACCCUGGACUUGUGGAUAUUGCAUGAUGUCACAAAGAGCACUGAUCUUCAACAAUUUGAAGGUCCUGGCUUCAAAUGACAGCAGUGAUCAACUCAUAUGAAGCUAUGAGGCUAAUGGGAUGUACGCCAAAUAAUGAAAAUAGAGUCACUUUCACUGAUCUGUGCUGUUUGUUAGGAAAAUUUUGUUUUUUAUUUUCUUUCUCCGUCUGUUGAGGUUUUGUUUGCUAACCUGAGCCCGGCGUGCUAAUACUGGGGCUGAGCUCUGAGGCCAGUUUCAGUCCGAUAUACAUGACAGAGAAAAUCGAUCCCCAACUGUAUAAUCUGUGUGAGUCUUACAAUAGCCACGUUUACAUGGGGAACAUUUCUUGAUCCGAUUAAAAAUUUGACAGAUCGGAUAAUCUGAAUCCACUGUUUAUAUGGGUGCAAAAUCAAAUAAUCCAAUUAUGACGUGCGUAUACUGCAACAAGCUUUAUUUAAAUUAGAAGUGUUUGGACAUGCGCAGAGUUGUCUAAUUUCACUAAAACAUCCUCAGAAGAAGAGUUGUAUUUACACCUGUGCUGUCAACAAACCAACAAACGCGGUAUCGGCUCACUCCAUCCAAUUUAGGAGUUUUCCUCCUGUUAAAUGUUGUCACUAGAUGGCGCCCUAGCUUACUUAUUUUACUGUUCUGUCAAAGUUUGUGCACUGUGCGCACGAUUGUGACAUCAUUACACUGUAUGUACGCCUUUUUAUGUUACCGGAGGAGGAACAGACAUAGCACCUGCGGUUGUGUUUUAUGAAACCACCUGUACCGACCUCAAUAAAAAAGCCAAAGGCUAAGGAGUGAACAUCGAGUCAGGUAAGAGAGUGACAAUCAGAAUUGGAUCAGAAUUGGAUCAGAAUCUUCCGAUCGACAUGUUUACAUGUGCGCCACCCUCCGCCACACUGCCGGCGGGCAUGAAAAUAGAGCCCUCAAGGUUCAGAUCCAGAAGAGCGGCAAUCUAUGUGAGACAAGAAGUACAUGAUUCCUUCACACACUGAACUUUGAGCGGUGACCAAUAAAUCUAUCUGCUGCCUGGCCAAAGUGGUUGACUGAGUAGUGAAAAGGCUGGAAUUCAAGGCUUACAUCUACUCUGGUAGCACAGCCACCUGGCUACAUAAUGUAUUCAUGCUAAUUUUAGCCUUCGGAAAGCUAACGGAAAGUACUUACGGGAGCAGAAGCAGCAUCCAGAGAGAGAACAAUGCUGUGAAUAAUCUGAAGGUCCAGUGAAGGUCUGUGUAAGCUCUGGGGAGAAGCUUUAGUGAUGAGACUCUCAUUCCCACACAGCAGACUGAACCACCAACAGUUCAUAAAGUUAAAUUCAUGCUGAAACAUCCAGCCACUGCUUUCUGCCUACAUUCCUGGCUGUAAAUAGAUCUGAAUUUCUACCACAAGAUCUCUAAUCUGACGAGGCAGCAUUUGCAUAAUGGACUGAUUUGGGUUUACUGUGGUUACUGAGUAAAAACACCAGGACCUCGACAGAAAAGAGAUGGAGUUCAGGUGUGGUCAGGAGGGAGGGUAAUCAUUCUAAACACUGAAGGUUCUUGUUUGUGCAGGAAGAGAGAUUCUAAGUGGGAUAAAUUGGGAUGGAUGAUUUGAGGGACUGGUUGUCUCUUUGCACCUGUGAUUUAUGCAGCAGGUUUAGACUUAAUGCUCAUUUCUGUUGAUUUGAGGGACUGUCAGUACAACAGCUGCUGGAGACCACUUUGGAGGCAAUUACACUUGCUCUGACAGAGAAUCGAGCAGGGUACUCAUCAACUGAAGUGUCUUAUGCAUCUUGUUCAAAUGCUCCAAACACUUCAUACACGCAAAGCAAUAAAGCUGCGCUGCUUAUUUGUAUUGUGAGUUUUUUUUUUUUGCUGCAGUUUGUCCAUAUAUUCAUGGGGUUGUUAUUCAUUGUUAGUUAUUUGUCUUUCAGUUUGCAUUUCUGUGGUUAAUUUAAACAAAGUGAUUACCCUUCAUAUUUUAUUGGAGUUAAAGUUUUCUGACAUGAUUUCAGCAUGACAGAUUUUAAAAACGGUAAAAUAAAUGAACUGUUUACCUGCCAAAACAAUCAUUUUCUCCACUAUCCCUCUUUUGCUCUAAUUGCAGCGGCUGCAAUUAUCCGUUCAUGGUUGUCUUCGAGUGUCCACGAUACUUAAAAUUUCAUUUUUGCAACAAUGCCCAUCUCAGCAUAGACCAAAGAAUACAAAGACAGAGGUACUUACAAGAGACCACAGCAGAGAGAACAGAUUACAGCUAGUAGACAACCUUUAAUUUAGCUUAAAAUCUCCAUAAUUGUAAGAAGAGAAGUGAGAUUCUUUAAAAAGGGUCACUAAACACCCAGCUGAAGACAAUCUGUCAGGGAUACAGUCUGGUUGGUCUAUUAAUAUCUACAACACUGACAUGUCCAGGUGGUGAGGAGUCACAUUUUGUCCCCAUCUGAGCUGACACAAUACACCCAGACUUUUUCCUCCUGGCACUUGCACCAAUUCUACCUCGAGGCAGGAAAAAAUAUUUCAAGUAAAUACUCAUAUUUUUUAGGACAUGCUGCCAAAGUUUAAAGUAUUGAAUAACAAUAGUUUGGUGCAAUGAGCUUGCAACACAACCUCUAAUGUCCCAAAGUUAGAAGAAAGAUGCAGAUAGAUGAGAAACAGGAGCAGCUGCAUCACUGUGGUUAUCAAGGGGGCUUCUACCUUCACCAAUGUAAUGUCAAAUUAGGCCCACAACAUCUCAGAGAGGCUCAGCAGUAAGCUCAAGUGUUUGCAUCAUCCACUAUCAGCUCUUACCUCCAAUCAAUCCACUAGAAUAGACAAGAAGUAAGACUAAAAAAAAGAGGGAAACAGAAAACUUGGUCAGACAAAGAACUGGAAGGGCAGAGUAAGAAGUCUGAUUAAGCUUUGCUGUACGCCCUUUUUUGAUCAUUCACACAAGCAUCCACACGGUAGGGCUGUACGCUCUUCCGUCCCUACAAAAGAGGCAAGAAAAGAGGGAAAAAGGGGAUACAUCAUUUUCACCUCUAUUUGUUUUGGCCCUGAACUGAAAUUAACUCUCCUGAUCCGGAUCCAGUGACCGGGAUUCAUUGCUAUUCCUUUUGUAAGUAGUUAUUAAUUGAACCAAAGGUGUCGUGUUUUUAUUUUUUUUAUAUACUUAAACAAAUAAAACUUGAUGCAGUUUACAGAAACUUUUAACGUUGACUCAAAAGUUCAGAAUGAUGAAGCCAGUGAGCCAUCAUUAACACGUUUAACAUCCCACUCAGAGCACAUUAAAAGGCACAGUGACUCAUGUUUAAGUUAAAAACAAUAUCUGACUUAUCACACAGACAUCACCCUCCUCAUCCUCAGCCACCCACCCACACGCACGCAUGCACGCACAAACACACACACACACAUUAGACUAAUGACGUGCCAACUUGAGGAAAGUUAUAUUUAUCUUCGUUCAACUUUUUUGACUGUAAAGAAACAGCAGAAAUAAAACAGGGGCUCUAGUUGUGGAGGGGUUGGGGUUAGUUUUGUGUCACCAGUAUUUGGUUAUUUAAAUGAGAUACAUUGAAGUCGUCUUUAUGGCGUAUGAACUGUGUGUAAAUUUCAAGUCUGUCAUUAAGAACCUAUGAGAUUAAGUAGCAGAGUGUUGACAGUGACCAGUUUCACUCCUGCUCUCAAACACAUUGAGUACAACGUAAAUACUGAUCAUGAUUUGCACCUCAUAAUAAAAGUCUGGUGUAUGAUAUUUCCAGCAGGUGGGGCUUCAAAUUUAGAAAUGAACAAUUCUUCAUCUGCUCUAGUUUCAUUUCCUUCCUGCUUAAGACGACACGGUCUACUUCAGUUUGAAGACAACUUUUGACAUAAAAGUUUGGAUUGUAUGGGUUGGAUUGUUUGGGUCUCAUUUAACUAGUAUGGUGACCAAAUAACUGGUUCAUUUGGUAAAACAAAGCAAGUUUAUAUAGAUAUACCUUUACCUUUUAUCAUUUAAGUAGAAAUAUAAAGCUUGCAUACUUUAAUCCCUCUUUUCAGGGCAUGUUUAUUGAGUUUUUUCACAUAAUUUUUCAAUGUUAGGGGUAUUUAUCAAUAUUUUGUACUGCUAAAUUGGUAUUUUCUCUUUUCUGCUGGGUGUAAAACAAUCUAUUGCUAAAGUAUGGACUGUCCCUUGUGAAUCAAAGAUACAUGUUAGCUCACUCAAAGGAUGAAUGAGGAUGAAUGUGAGCAUUUUGUAAUCAUGUCAUCAGACUGUAGAUGCAAUGAUAGACUUCUGAGUGAGUUCAUCCUGUCAAGACGUCAGCGUUUUUUUUUUUUCUUUCUGCAGACUCUGAGUCGUUUCCUGCUCAGUGCCGGUUACUGUGAUCAUCAGAAAGAUGAACAUACGCAGGAAAGACAGCUUUCUCUGGGGAAAAGGUAAACUUUUAUUUAAUAUCAUUGACAGUUUAUUUAUGUUUUAAUCCAAAAUAGCUGCUAAAAAAAAAAAAAAAACAUUUCAGAUUGAUUUUGGUGUUGUCAUAAUGCAGUCAAGUCUGCAGAACUUACAGCAGCAUCUCAUUUAGAUUUGACCUGCUCUGUUUGUUUGUUUUCAACUUUUUAUUCAUAUUGAAUUUUAUCCUCUGCUUUUGCUUGAAUGUAGAGAUAAACCACUUAAGAGAAAAAACAGACUGUCAUUUAUUUCCAAUUUCUUUUUAACCUGUGAUACUUGUAUUUGUUUUCCUGUGUGUAUGAACGGUGUUAUCACUAUUCUGCAAACAAAAGCUUUGGGCAGGUAUUCCCGCUUGUUAUCGCUUCUACUUUUUUAACCUGCUUUUUAUCUAUCACAUCAUCCUGGAAUGACAUUUAUGAUUAAAAUAACUUGUCAACAUGAAAAAAAAAACAGUAUAAAUGAAAGUAUGCUGCAGUACUGUUCAGGACUUCCUUUAAAAUCCUGGUUUAAUGCUGAAGAGUACAAUAAGAAACAUGCAACAAUAUAGAAAACUGAACUUUAAAACAGGAUUUGAUGUAAAAGCUGUUAAUAGGAUGAGAUUAGAGACAGUACAGGAUGUUAUCAGGGGUGAAUCCAAAGGGCUGGCUGGGGUGGCAUGAAAUCUAAUUGGCCACCCCAGGUGCCCCCCAAAAUUUGUGUAUAGUGAUUGGCUGCAGAGGCGGAACUUUGUGUUGAGAUCACCCAUUUGGACUGAGCUUAUUGCUUUUUUGCAUUCAGGUGUAGCACAUUUGCUUUUAUAGGUCUUUAAAUUGUGGACAAAGAUUGCACAUCUGAGGCAGGUGUAAAAUUGCAUAUUGAAGGGAUUUUAAAACAAUACUUGCACACUAACUGUCAAGAAUACAAGUAUUGGCAACAUUUACAGCAGGUGCAUUUUGAGAGAAGUUUGGUCUGGAAUAUUGAAGUGGUUAAAAGUGUGAAGUGAAAAUAGUCAACACCAUACAAAUUAACGUUUCCCAUUGGAUCUGUGAUUUUUGAGUGUAUACAUUGACUGGAAAUUUGCUGAAUGUUAACUUAAGCUGUGAUGUGAUGUUAGUUAAUAGAUUGUGGUCUAUUCUUUCUCAAAUUAAUGGCAUGGUUUUGACCACAGAAACUAUUUUUUUUUUUUUUAGUUCUUAAUUAUUUCUGAUUCUAAUAGACACUUGCAACAGUUUAUUGACCCAACACUAAAUCCUUGAAAGCUAUUUCUAUUCUUGCAAAUUAUUUUCCUGAUUUCUGUUUUAAUGGUCACACUGAAGUGAGACUCAGCCUGGUUCAUUACAGAGAGGCGAGGAGUUGCUAUUUCCAGCCUCCAGUUUCUCCCGUUCAUUGAGCUCCCUUCUGAUAGAGAAGGAUGACAUAUGAAGGCUGCUGGCGGAGGAGCCUGGGAGGUUGUUAAAACAGUCCACGUUUGACCAUUGCCUUAUCAAAUUCCUGCUCUCACAGCUCCGCCUAAAGCCCCCCCUGGAGAGACCAGGAAGGGAGAAACCAUGAAGUCGUACAGGUGUGAGCUGCUGGAGGCCUCUCAGGUACAGAGCUAAGUGUUUCAUCUUCAAGGUCUUAUAUCCAAACCUCCAAUUAUUUUCCUGCAGGCACACACCCCCAACGAGCAGGCCUUUUAACAACGCAUACAGACUCACAAGGACUCACGAGGACUCGAGUAGAAUCCCUGACGUUGUUUCAGACAUUCACUCUGGUGCUCUGUGCUGAAACUUUCCUAAGUUGAUUGUCCAAGCUUUAUGUUUUCCUGUCUGACGUGGGUGGAAAGUCCCUGGGAGGCUGAACAUGAACUUAAGUAGACGGAGUGUUAGUCAUACUGUUGAUUUACUGUACUUUUUUAUUAUACUGUCCUCAUUUUAUCACCCUGUACCCCCUCACAUAUUCAUAGAUUCACUAGUGUGUUAAUGUUAAGGAUUGCAAUUGAGUUUAUUUCAUAGUAGCUGACAGACAGGAACUAUACAUAAAUACUUUUUCAUCCAGUUAGGUGUUGCUCUUUGGACUCAGGUGUCCUUUUGAAAUGAACUGCUUAGCAGCUCUACACUUUGUUAAGCCACAUCCAAGGCAUUUGUCAACACUGGGUCCAUCAUUUAUAGAUGAUAUCUGUCAAGAUAAACUUGCUCCGGAGGAUUUUGUCCUUAAUAUUUCAUAGAGGUUAUUUAUAUUUAAAUAAGGUUAACCUUAUUCUUAGAGAGCACUCACCCUUAUUUUUAAUGGUUAAAAACAUAAAUUGACCAGCCAGCACUGCAGCUGAAGUUUACAGGAACUGCUAUAAUGUUAUUGUGCUCUACAACCCAGAUAUAAACAGGCAGAGAUUACAGAUGGUACCACAUAGCACAGCACUGUUUUUCAGAAUUAUGAGUGGAUAUUAAAUUAUACCGAGACUGUGUCUGGUUAACAAGAUCAUGGCAAAUGUCAUGUAGAAAGUACUGGAGUUUAGAGGGGAUACCUGUUACCACACUCAGCCAAAGUAAUCGAGCCACGUUCACCUGUUGAUUCUGUGAUCCCACGUUAGGCGAGGUUUAAUUAAAUUGUGCUAAAUUUUGGCUCCUUUUCUCCUCUUGCUUUCAGACCAGUCAGUUAGUCCAAAUUUAAAUUUUUGUUUAAUUGACUUGGACAUGACUUGCUUCUCUGCACAUCCUUCAUCAUCACCCCCUUCUAGUUUCCUGCCCACCCCUACAACUCAUGGAAACCUCCUGGAAGGCUGGAACAUUUCCCAGUAAAGUCUGGAUAAAAUUUUGGCUGUUUUUACUCCCACAUGCAGUCUACCCAUGAAAAUUAGCAAUUUGUUAUAUUUUUUAGAUUUGUGAGUGAAAGCGACUGCAGACUUACAAAAGCUCAUAAAAACUCAAGCCAACCCACACAGACUCACAAAGACUCACAAGGACACACUCAGAAGAACAGGCCAUGGUGGAGACAAAUCUUUUGCUCUGAGGCUCUGUAUGUGUGUGUGUUUUUUUUCACCAGUGAUGAGUUAUCUGUUAUUUGUAAAGGUUAAUGAAAAAGCUUUUGUACUAAGCAAACACUCAUACUGUGAUAGACGUGAUAAAGACAUACACUGCAGUGUGUGGAGGAGGUCCUCUCUUGGGUUGGUGGACAUCACAAAAGCCUGCUUCGUCCCUCUUAGCAACUUCAUUAAAAAAGAUUAAAAGCCACAUUUGGCAAAAUCUUAUCAUCAAAAAACAUUUGAGUGACAUUUCAUCAUGUUUCUGUGGUUAAAAGUGACCAGAAAUGAAGGUCCCCAGUUGGUUGGCUUAUAAUGGUAGUUCCCUGUUGGCAGGGUACGUGAGCAUAAGUGUGUCUGUAUGUUCUGAGCUAAACUCACUAAAGCCUCUCUCUCUUGACUCUGACAGAUGAAUCCAAUCUCAGAGAUCCUCAAUCCAGACCUGAAGCAGCACAAGUGAGUAUGAGCAGCUCACCUGUCGGUCAGCUAAGCCUUUUUUUUAUUAUUUCACAGACACAGUGAUUCACUUCAACUCCCACAACAAACCUCACGUUCAGUUUGCUCAGUUUGCUCAGUCUAACGGAGUCAUGGAGUGGCUAUAUUGUGAUUUUUAUUUUCCGGAGUCAGACAUUGAUUUGGUGUCAUUACCUGUGUGCUCUACAGUGAAAAACCUUUUAGACCUUAAUCUCGAACCUUCAACCUCAGCUUUUAAACCUUUUAAAACCUUUCCUUAUAAAGGGAUAAUUCUCACUGAAAACAUUUUGUACCCUCAUGGCUUAGUAAGAGAAGUCAAGUGUGACAUAACAGCCAUUUAUUUCUUCCAUUUCUCCAUCAAAAACUCAGUUACUGAUCUUUGCACAGGAGAAAUGUUCAGAGAACAUGUUGGUCAGAAGUGCGGCUCGCUGAAAACCUUCAUUUUGGACCCCCUGUUUCUUUUCUCACUUUUUUCAGAAGGUGGUUAUAUUCUAUUAAAUGUAUUAAAGGUUUUUUUUCUUGUUGGUGUUGUUUCAGUUCAACCUCAGUGUCUAAGUACCAAACACCACAUAUGAAAACCUCUAACACCAAUCAUGCUUUAAAUACCCUAAGUGUGAAAUGCUUGUAUAGAGCCUGUGAUGCGGGGAAACGUUCUCAGGAGUUCACAUGUGACCACAGAAAAAAAAAAAAAACUAUGACCAUUUUGAAACUAAGAUUUGGAAUAAUCAAGUAAUGGAAAUAAUAUCUUGCGCAAACUAUUUUUAUUUCUAUAAUGCUAAGUCAUGAAAAAUGUUCCCCUUGAAAAAGAGCAGGGCCAUACCGCAUACUUUGUCACAUCAUUGAUGAAGAUCCAACAUUACUUAGCAAGAGCAGAGAACUUGUGUACAAUGCAGGAACGGCAGAUUUUGAUCUAACCAGUCAAGGGACUGCAGAUGUAGUUUAGCUUUAAGCUAACUCUAGCACAAUGCAUCAAAUGAUAAAGGUCCUUACACACCGGGGCCGAUGCGAAUAUAGAACACGAAAUUACGAAAUAUUCGGAGGCAAAUUUUGACGCGCCUGACUAUACACAUCAAGCCCGAUGCGAUUUUGCGACUUUCCAGGGGGAAAGAACGCGUCCUGGGUGGAGGCGAGGAGACUGACACAACAGCAGACUGACUGUUUUUCAGUUCUGAUUAGACACUAGUGUUGAGAUGGCUGUCUGUCAUGGUAGCAUGUACUGAGUCGGGGCCAGCACCAGAUAAGCACAUUAAACUAUAAUCAAUGAAUGUAAGGUAACAACUGAGACCUAAUGGUGCUGUGACAGCAACGCGAUUGAGUUUGAGACAGUGAAAAUACAUAUGGUAUGUUGUAUCUGAACAGGUUAGCUUACGAGCUAAAGUUACUUAGCACAGAUGGAAGUUAAAACAAAGACGUUUAGCAAACUGUUAAAGCACACAAACUAUCGUCAUAUGAGAGAUCAGACGCAAUGACUCUCCACUAGUUGUCCUUCAGAUAGUUAUCUUUGUAAUAUUUGUGUCUUAUCAAAAAGCACUCUGUUCUCUGACACGUAAACAAUCAGCCGGUCGGCCAUGUUGGAUAUACCGGUGAAUCAGACGUCGCAACAACACACAAUCUGAUUGGUCAUGAGGAGGACACACAGUAUGCGAAACUUUAGAAAAAUCGACCACGAUCCGAAAAAAUAAAUGCCGCAAUAUUGCGGGAUGGGAAAACAUUGCUGAUGUGAACACUUGUAUUGACAGGACAUGGGUUCGAAAAAAAAUAUUGACGUCCAAAAUAAUUGCACGUAAAAAAACGGUCCCGGUGUGAAAGGACCUUAACACUGAUGUUUGAUAUCUUACCUGGUCCUUUUUAAAAUAAAAGGAACAAAAAAUGGUUAAACAAUAAUCAUAAAGUAAUCUAAAUAUUAAUGACAGCCUAAGUCAGUAGGUGUGAAUGAUCUAUUUGAAUUAUGAUUAUUUUUAUGAGGGUAGUUGGGUACAAUAUCCAAGUUGGGGUCAAGCAUUUUCAGCAUUGUAAAAGUGAUGAUAAAGGUGAGACUGAUACUUACAGUUGAAGCACUUGUAAUCAGGCAGGUCUACAUCAGCAGGUCAUCUACAUCAAAGAACAAAGAGACCUACAAAACCAGGGAGCUCAAGAGCUCCUUAGAAAAUAAAAUAACAUUAACAGAACAUAAAAACUUAGCGCUUAGGAAGUGCAAACAGAGGAGAUAAAUGAGGGACAGUAGAGAGGUUAUCUGCCUCCUGGACCUGGAUAGGUAGAUGAUAAUAACUGUAGGCCUCACAUCCUGUACUACUUUUAGAGACUUCAGGGUUCCUCACCAUAAUAUUAUGUGCUUUUGUGGUCAGUCUAUUGCAUAUAUGAUUAGAGGACUUUGAUUUGGCUUCAUUCUCAUCUCACCUAUUUGUGCUUUUUUUGUGUUAUUUAGAAGAAAGUUAAGGAUUAAAUGAAAAUCAAGAUCUUUGCCUCUUGUAUGUGUUUUGUUUCAGUAAAAGUGUUGUGAGGAAUAAGAGGUUUUUACGAGGGAAAAAGAAGUUCAACAUGGACCCAAACAAGGUGAGAUGUUUUUAUUUGUUGUAUUUUCAAACCAGAAAAAGGGGAUUUCUGUAUUUACACCUGCAUAAAACGAAACUUAAGUUUUGCAUGGCUUCAUGGUUGCCUCAAAGCAAGACGGUGCCUGAUUUGCAUCCUGAGAGUACCCAACUUAUUGCUCAGUGACAGCAAGAUUAAAAUAGGUUAUCUAGAUAUCAAGUAUUUGUGAGUAAACUCCUCCUUUGCUUCUGUUAAACUUGAGGUUUUUCUGAAUUAACAGGGUGUUUUAUAGAGUUCAGUGUUCCUCUAAGUCACAGCGAGGUGCAGUAGGUUUAGCUCCUUUGAAAGUAUCAGGCAAAAAGAGAGAAGUCCUCGCUGAGAGAAGUGUGAAGCAGUGUUCGCGUGUGCAUGUGUGAAUGUACUUAUCAGUCUGUAUAAGUGCUAAGGUGCAAACAGUGCGGAUGCAGAUGCCUGCAAAGCGAGAAAAACCUCUUCCUGUUCCCUGAAGUGGGGCAGAAGCGUCUCUCGCCGCAGUAGCCUUCAUCUUCUCGUCAUCGUCUCCGUGCCCUCGUUUCAGAUCUGACUCUGCAGUAAACACGCUCCGCUCAGACCUGAAGACAAACUUGAAAAGAACGAGAAGUUUGAGACUCGUAGAGGUUAAGAGAGAGUUAAAUUGAGGUUGAUUAGAAGUACUCCUCGGUGAACAGAGUUGUAUUUUGCAGAUUUGUCAGUGAGCUCCUCAUGAGACUCGCACACGAAGCAUGAAAUAUUCAUUCAACCUCUCAGAUACCUGCUGCUCUCAGGAUUAAUGACAGUAGGAAUUAAAAAAGAAGGGAGGAAAACUUCCCUCAUGUGUAAGCUGACUCAAUUAUCAACCCACAGAGUUAACAUCGCAGACAGGUUUUGGUUUUAAGUCAAACAGAAAUGAAUCACAACUCAAAACCUUCAAUUUAUGACCGCACAUCUAAAAAAGAGCAUUUUCACAGCUUUUAACUCCUCUAAACCACAGCGAAUUAAAGCUUUCUAUGCAAACAUGGACUAGUUUCCACUAGAUUUCACUCCAAUCUGACCUCUCACCCCCAAUCUUUCAGGGAAUCCAGUUCCUGGUUGAACACAAUCUACUGGACUGGCAAGCGGAUUCAGUGGCAGAGUUUCUUUAUAAAGAGGAGGGACUGAACAAGACUGCCAUCGGGAACUUUCUGGGAGAAAGGUAAGAAUCGCAAAAGAAAAAGAGUUUGUGAUCAAAUGCCUGUGAGAAUAAAGAUUUAGAGCCUUUUCUUCAAUAGUUUGAGCUGAUUUUGGUCCCCCCUGUGACACACUGCCCCCUCUCCUUGUUGUUCCUGUCACCUUUAUGUCUAAGAAAUGUUUAACGGUAUAAAAAAAACCCUUCUGCUUUCUUUGAAUGUUCAAAUCCUUGCUGUGGAUGGAGUAAAUGUAGUCUUUCUGUAUCAAGGUCAGUUUCAUAACCAGUUAAAAACUUCUCACAGAUGCUUCAGAUACAAGAAAAUUCUAUAGUAUAGUAAUAGAAUUAUUAUUAGAUAUUUUUUCUUACCUUGACAAACUCGAUGUCCUUGAAUACAAUGCAUGAGCUGACUAGCUGUCUCACAAAGUUUCUCAGAGAGGUGACGCAAUCGAAUGAAACACAUUAAAUAUCACAGCAUGUAUGACAAAAGGAAUUUGGUUCAGACCUACACCUACUGCUUCACUGACUUGCCUCUUCGCCCAGAGACUUCAAGAUGGGGAAAAUGGUACCAAGUCAGGGCCUGUGUCCACUAACACACAAUUUCUCAGAACCUACUCUUGCUAAACCACUAAAGUUGUUUCGCUGUACUUCCAUUUCCAUCUGCAGUGAACAUUAGGUCUGUUUUGAAAUGAUCUUUGUGCUUUAUAUUUUCUCACAUUUAUUGGAUUUUACAAAGAAAAUGUACAACAAAAGAAAUAUGUCAUAGCACAAGCGCACUAGCAACUGUUCUGGACUCAUAUCUGUACCUACAGAUGGACUAGAGUAAUUAGUUUCCCCCCAUAAGGAUCUUUUCAAUUGUUUUUAUACACAAAUUGAUUCAAAAGGAAGUUUAGUUCAACUGAGAGUGUUAUGAAUCCAGCAAAAACAAACUCUGAGCACUAAAAAAGAAAUGCCAAUGUUAAAAAAGCAGCUAGUGGACACAGGCCCUUAAGGUUAACUCAAAACUCAAUAAGAUAUGAUUCAGUGUGAAUGUAGUGAACAGGUAAAGAGGGCCAAAAGAGGAGGAAUGUUACUCGGGAACUGAGCCAAGUAAAAACCAUCACAGCUAUCUCAAUUUAAAAAUAAAAGCACAAACAAGUGAACAGUUUAGCUCAGCACAAAUGCAUUUUUCCAAUAUUCUCAUAGUUUAGGAGAUAAAAAUGAACACAACAAAUGUUCACAGGUGCAAACUUGCAGGUCACAGAUUUAGUUUUAAUGUUGAUUAUGUGUUUUCCCUCACAGGGAGGAGUUGCACUUGGAAGUCCUGAAAGCAUUUGUGGAUUUGCACGAGUUCUCAGACCUGAACUUGGUGCAGGCACUCAGGUGUGUGUCCAUGAAUCCCUCUGAAGAGGAACUCUUUGCUGCAGUUUCUGUUUAAAACUUGUUCCCCCGAGGAUGUACAAACCUUCUUCUUUUGGGCCUGACAUUGUGUUGGUUUUAUCCUUGAUGUCUGUGUCAUCUUUCAGGCAGUUCCUGUGGAGCUUCCGCCUACCGGGUGAAGCUCAGAAGAUUGACAGGAUGAUGGAGGCGUUUGCAACUCGUUACUGUGACUGUAACCCAGGUGUUUUCAAAUCCACAGGUAGCGCCUAUAGGUGGUUUGAUUCAGCCUGUCAACUAGUUUAAUUAAAUAGAAAACCCCACAGAUUCAUGUUAACCCCCUGCAGUGAUCUCAGCAAACAUACUGUUCAGUCUGAGUGUUUUUCUGUAGUAGCUAUUAUUUUUAACAGGCUCAAUUUAUUCAGCUGCAGCAGUGACAAUGAUGCACACUGAGUUUGUGUGUGUGCAUGUGUGUGUGUGUUUGUAACAGACACUUGCUACAUCCUGUCCUUCUCCAUCAUCAUGCUCAACACGAGCCUCCACAACCCGAAUGUGAAGGAGAAGCCGAGUCUGCAGAGAUUUGUUUCCAUGAACAGAGCAAUUAACAGUGGGGAGGACCUGCCCACAGAACUGCUCACGGUCUGCUAAUCACACUCACACACUCACACAUACGCACGCACGCACUAUAAGUACUGUCAUUAUAUUAACAUAGGCUUUAGGAAUGUGGUUGCUAUUGUAAGUUAAUUUAUAUGUUUACAUCUGUGAUCUCGAAGUAGUCAGUGUUUUGACUUAAAAAGAAUUAUCAAACCUGAACCAAAGUCUGCUCCAAAACAUUAAAUUAAAUGCUAAUGAAGACAUGGUAAACAGUUCAUGAUGAAAAAGGCGAUAUUUGCUUCAGCUUUUGAAUAUAAAUGCAGUAUCAGUUGGCAAGUGUGUCUUUUAUGUCCACUGCUGUUUUGUUAACCUUAAACUACGUUCCAGCAGUCCAAGAUCCAAAAAUUAUGAUGCCAUGUACUGUGAUAUGAUACAAUGCAAUAUGAUAUGAUACAUUAAGAUGCGAUACUGCAUGAUAAUACGUGAUAAUAAGUGAUAUGAUACAAUGGACACAACACAAUACAAUAUGAGACAGUAGGAUACGACACAAUACAACAUAAUAUGAUGCAACAUGAUACAAUAAACCUUAUAGUUUGCAUCAAUAUGAGCAAAACCAAACAAUAAAAAACAAUAUACAACUUCACUUUAACAAAUGAUAUAAUACGACAAGACAGAACAGAUUGUUACCUUCGGGGGGGUUACCUUCAACGGUAAAUCAGCUCCAUUGUCAUUUCUGAAAUUGUAGUCCAUUUGUAGACGAAAGCAGCUUGCAGUCUUAGAUGGAGGUUUAUUAUCAGAUUUUCUUCUGCCCACUCCUGUAGCCCCUCCAGAAGUUGCCACUUGCUCUCAGAGGCUUAUGCUGUAUUGCUUUAAAUCAGUGGUUCUCAAGUCCAGUCCUCGAGCCCCCCCAACACACCUGAUUCAAAUGAUCAGCUCGUUAUCAAGCUCUGUAAUGGCCUAAUAACGAGCUGAUCAUUUGAAUCAGGUGUGUUGGAGCAGGAAAACAUUUAAAACAUGCAGGACAGUGGGGGCUCGAGGACUGGAUUGAGAACCACUGCUGUAAGUGACAGCUGAGAGGUUUAGAGGAUGCUAUUAUGCUGAAACACAGAGGGAUAUAGUUUAUAUAACUUCAAUUUCUUCACCUGAUUCUUCUACUGCACCAAGUUAAAAGUCAAUGUGGAAUUUUCCCUGUUUUGGGCUUAUGUAUUUAAAGACACCGCUGAAAUCCUCCUCCUUUUUCUAUGAUUUACUUCAGCUGAGAGAUAAAUCAGAUUAUAAGGAAUGAAAAUUUUGAACAUGUUGCUGAAAAGGUCGCCUCUAUUUUUAAUCCGUCACAGAAACUGUAUGCGAGUAUUCGCAGUGAGCCAUUUAAAAUCCCAGAGGAUGAUGGGAACGACCUCACACUGACGUUUUUUAACCCGGACAGAGAGGGAUGGCUGCUAAAGAAUGGUGAGUUGAAGAUAAGAGAGUUUCCUGAAGAUUUUCAGAGCUUUUUUCUCAUAAAAUGUUUGAAUUUCUGUGCUGAAGGAGGCCGAGUGAAAACCUGGAAGAGGAGGUGGUUUAUUCUGACCGAUAGCUGUCUGUACUACUUUGAAUACACCACAGUGAGUGUCUGUCUCUCUUCUGAUAUAAAACCUCUGUGUCAUUAAAUAUGUAAAUGUCAAACUGUCUUAAUUUUGUCUCAUCCUGCAGGAUAAAGACCCAAUUGGGAUCGUUCCUCUGGAGAACCUGAGUGUCAGGAAGCUCCAGGAAACCAAUAAACCGGUACAAAUUCAUUUUCACUGUUUAAAAUUCAUUUUCACUCUUAAUUACACAGUUUUAUAGUUUUUAAGGGGAACAUGUCUCAUCCAUGUCUCUGCUUCCUCAUGAGUCACAAAAGAGCUGCUGUGUGAAUUCUAACAGAGGAGCUCAAAUUGUGCGUCACAAGGCUAACAGAGAGCUACAGAAUAAACAAAGCAGAGUAACAGUGUGUGUGUCUGUGUGUGUUUGAACAGUACUGCCUGGAGUUAUAUAACCCAAAGGGACUGAAGAUUAAAGCCUGUAAGACGGAGAACAAGGGUAGAGUGGUUCAAGGGAAGCAUCAGUCUUAUAAGCUGAGCGCAGCCAGCGAGGAAGAACGAGACGACUGGAUUGAUGCCAUCAGGUCUGAGAGGGUGACAUUAAACAUUAAACUGAUACAGCCAAUAACUAAUUAGAUAAAGUAUUAAUGAAAUGCUUCAUUAUGAAAUUAAUCAUGGGUGGCAGUGGUGCGGUAGUGACCAUAAAAAAAGAUGGGCAACAUGAUAGCACCUUCAAAGUGAAGCCAACAUAUUCAGAGCUCUCCUACUGAUGGUCAGCAGUAUAGUUAAAGGUGGGGUAGGCAGGAUCUGAAGAAGUGCCAGUUUUUGGGAGAAAUCUUGAAUGUAAACACUACCCCUCCCAACCAGUUUUCCCCUCAGCUCCUCCUCUCCCCUUCCUCUCUGCUCCAGCAAGCCCCGCCCACAAACAGACGCUCCUGCUCGCUCAUAUUGUUUCAAUUAAAUUCAGAUAAAAUGCAGAUAAAUACUUCAGAUAAUUACAAAUGGGGCCCAGUCAACAUGAGAAUAAAAAGCACUGGUGCUACUGUAGAUGCCAACAGACAACCAACAAACACAAUGUUUGCAGGACUUCUACAACUAGGAUAAAGUGACACAGUCCAGGACCCGAGGUAAACAGUUUAGUGGCGCGUCAACACGCAGCAGGUCCCGUUUGACAAGAAACACUUCAGUUACAGACACUUGUCUUACUUUGUUAAAGCGGUUUACCUGUCCAGCAGAAAGACUACAAGGUCCCUAAGAUCCCAAAGCGUCCCCCAUCAUUUAUGCUGAUGUGGACCCGGCUUCUUAGCUCUUGUCCGGUCUACCUCCGUUCUAAGAGCCCGUUAUUCCGCCAGAGUCUCUGGUAUUUACUUUGUUUUAUUGCUUGUGUUUUCUGUAUUUUCUGGUUGGUUUUUACUGUCCAAUGUUGUAUCACGGUAACUUUGUUUGGGCUCGUGCACGUAAUUGGAGGACAUGGAGCAUGCCUCACAACACAAGGGAGCAGUGUCUGCCUCACAACCAAUCAGGAUGAGGGAGGUGGAGAAUGGCUUUGUUUACAGUCAGAAAGAGCGGGCUGCUCAAAAAAUUUUAAAUGUCGACUACACAGACAUGACAAAACACAGCAAAAUCAUUAUAUUACCAAAUGUCAUCAAUAACUAAUAGCUAUUGCUAUUAAAAGCUUUUUUUAUAUAUACACCAUAAAAAAAAGAUGCUUCUUUAACGGAAUCCUGCCUACCCCACCUUUAAUACAACCCUGCCUCCUGAUGUUACCAGAUGAUAUGUGCCAAACUUCUAAAUCAUAAAACUCAAACAUAUUUACUGACAUUAUAGAUACCUCUUUCCUUGCUUAUUUAUGCCCAAGGGUUCAAGUUUCUGAGUUUUGAUUUGAAUGAGUAAUAAAGUAAAAGGGUAUGCCAUCAUGACUGACAGCUCUGUUCACAAAUGAGGCCUCGCUCCUGCAGCGCAGAGUGCAGAAGAUUGUCAGGGUAGAGGAAGAACAUAGAGUCAAGAAUAGAACUGUGCAAUAAAUCGAUGAAAUCCAUUCAUCAGCAUUUUUGGCUUUGUGAAAUUCACAAAAAAAAAAGGAAAUCUAGAUCUUCCUGGGCCUCUGUCAUCCAUGCCUCUUACCCCCCAGUUCACUUCCUGCAGAGAUAAACACUCACACUUACUUCACUGCUCCUCUUUUAAAGCUCUUUCUUCAUCUUACAGGUCGAGUAUGACCAAAGACCCGUUUCAUGAUCUGGUUUCGGCACGGAAGAGGAAGCUCAUGAACAGUUCGCCAGCAAAGGACUGAAACUCAAACUUCAGCUGACAUUGGAUCCUGAAGGGUCUGUGCAUCAUUAAUCCUGUGGAUUUAUAAGAUUAGAGGAGUCGUUAACAAACUAGAUGUUAAAUUUCUUCUGAGCAAAAGAAAUACAUAAACAUAAUAGAAAUACCACUAGAAUUUCUGGGAUUUUAAAUGGCUAGAGAUACUAACAUCUUUGUUGUUUUCUCUAUAUACUUUAUGUUAGCUCACCAACAAUGUGAAGAGUAGUGUGGAAGAGGCAGUCGGUGUUAUGAUUUAAUGGUCGACCCGGAUACUGUGACAACAACCUUAGCAUUUCACUGAAAGUUUCACUGUUAGCAGCGUCACCUGUUAAAUUAAACACUGUUUAAUUACCUUCAUUUUCAGAGAUAUAAGGCUUAAGCUGGUGGCAAUGUGAGAAACCAAAAACUGUUUAAAAUUUGAACAAAUCAACAAAUUGGUGAAUAAAUUUGCAAGGAUUCUGGGGAAAAGUUUCUAAAAAGGAUUUAGCAACUGUAUUUAGGCGAAGUGAAAAGUAAGACUCCUAUACUGUACUAAGAGCUCCUAUGAGGAACUUUGAGCUGAUUUUGACACCCCCUGUGGACAGAGCAGUCUUUGCUUAUCUUGUCCUCUAUGUAGUAAAGUUGUGUCAUGUGACAAAAAUGUCAUCCUGCUAACGUUUGACAGUCAAAUAUCUAAAUUACAGCAAACAUUAAAUUUAGCAAUUGUAAAAACAGGGUUGUAUGUUCAGCUGCAUGUUUCCUUAUACCUGUUUCAGACCUUUAAAAUUUCAUUAUGAAAAUCAUCAGCUUUGUUGUGGAUGGUUUCAGUGCUUUUGUAUAUUAGUUCGCCAACAUUAUUAGUAAGUGGCUAAAUGCUAACUUUGGCUGUAUUCUGGUGUUAGGAGUAAGAUUGUCAUGAAGGAUUUUUUGCUCAAUAUGUAGUAUAAUGUCUCAGGUUUUCACUGACCCGUGUUUCAAGGGCGAUGAAAUUGCCAUUCUUUGUCAGGUUGUGAACUUCUCGUUGACUUAUGACCUGAAAAACAGAAGUAAUCCAAGACAUGACAUUCAAGCUUCUCACCCUCAUGGUUGACGUCUCAACACAGUUGCCAUGGAAACAUGGUCUAUUGUGCCACCUUAGUCAAAGAAACUUUGACUUGCCCCUGGAUUCAAGGUUAAACAGAGAGCUGUUUCCAAACUAUCUAUUUCAAUUCUUGAAUAUACUCCAACUAUUCACAAACCUUUUUUGAUUUUUUUUUUUUACAGCAAAUAGAUUUAUCAUCUAUGUAUUAUUCAUAUAGUAAUGUGUAUAAGCUAAAGGAUCUAUCCAACUAGAUUAACCUUAUAGAUAAACUGUGUAGCACUUAUUCAACUAUUGUUUUUCUGAUAUCUGUAUUAUUUAAUGACUGUUGAUGGAAGAAUCAAACUCACAUUUGUACAUUAAACCUCUUUAUUCUGAA